AUGACACGGCAGGCUCAAUUCAUUGUCAACCAUUACAUUCUUACGUAUCAUAAGCAUAUAACAAACGCGUUGUUUGAGCAAAAUUUCGGGUAUACUGUCUGUCGAGUCGUUUAUGGAAGUGCCAGGAUUGAAGAUGUGGAGGCUCGUUAUCCUAAAAUGACAGGUUUCGCAAAGGCAUAUUAUACGCUCUUGAUACAUCAUCAUGAAGUCCAUCUUUCAGACGGCCAGAUUGUAUUGUCCGCAUGUGUCACUUUGGCUGGUGAUGGGUUAACCAAUAGCGCGCAAGUUCGCUUUAAAGGUUUGCAAGCCGGUGUUUCAAACACAAUAUACAAGCAUUUGAAAACGAAAGAGAAACAAGGGCUAGUGUUAGUGAUAGAUAUGGAUGAAUUCCGUACGUCAAAGAGGUUUGAGCUGGUCAUAGAAGACCUAGCCCAUUUUGUCGUCAAUCACAAAGCGCCACCAUGA